GGCAAGUCACUUGUGAUAAACCUCUGCAAUCUCAAAGUGAUUUAUACAGAUUUUCAAUGGAUUUCUGUCCAAGAACUUCCCACCAGAGUGGGACAUGGACUAGAGCUGAACCCUAUACUUGUUCUGAGCCAGUCCUGUCCAACUCUGUGAAGAAAAAUGGCAUGGCAUCUCACUGGAAGCCCCAGUCUGAGUUACCAUACCAAUAUGUGCGGGCAACAAGGUUUCCUUCCACUGUGGAUGUGCAGACACCAGCUCAAUGGCAGCAGCUGCAGUCUGCAGCCUCUACUCAUCAGAGUCAGGCUCAUGGUGUCCAGCAUGUGGAUACAACCUACCUGUCCACUGUGCCAUCUCAUAGCGUGGAGCCUCUCAAGACUGUCACCACCACGUCAUCUGAUGACACCACUGCUUGGCUGAGGCAGCUUGGACCCCUCAAGUUUGUGGGGAAUGUGAAUCUGCCUGUUGAGGUUGUUGGUGGUCAGCAGAACAAUAUGGCCCUGGAGCCAGCCCAGAUGCCUGGCGUGAUGACCCAGGAUGGAGAAAUGGCACCAAGAGUCUAUUCCAUGCCCUCCAUGCCUGCAGCUCCCAUGAGCCUCUCCACUGGGACCUUUGGUGGAGCCCCACCUCCCUCUCAGGCCUCAGGACGUCAAUACUCUAAAGAGGACCAUCUGAAGAUGAUCAUGCUUCAUGGGGAAAUGCUUGCCAAGUACAGGGAGCUAACGUCUCAGGCUGAGAACAUUGAGAAGAUGAUGAUGAUGCAGUCAGAGCACCACAGUGUGGAGAAGACAGAGAACAAACAAGGCAGCAUCUGGGGUGAGGAGUUGAAGGCUCUGGAGGACUUCGUAGGGGACCUGGUUCUUCCUGAUGAUGCCGUUGACAAACUGGAGGCCAUUCCUGGCAUCUUGGAUCUGGCCAGAGAAAUGGGCUUCCCUGAGUGCCUCUUACUGAAAUGACAUUCAUAAUUACAAUUCCAUGAGUUUAUUACAUUAUUAUAUAUACAAUUAUAUUACAACUAUGCUAUAUUAUUAUUUUUUUAUCAUUACA